AUGAGCAAUAACACCAAGAACAGGGACAACCCGAGGCGGCGGAGGAGUAGUAGCCUGAUGUACCAGGAGCCACCGGAGAGCCUGGAACAACAGAGUGACCAGGCCGUACUCCCGAACCUGAACGCGCAAUGGGUCAACGCAAAGGGUAAGCAGUCCCGUAUCUCGAAGAGCUAGGUGCCGGUGAAGGGAUAGCAUGUGAAAGUUUGAUAAGAGCACGUGAGCUGAUACCGGAAUGAGUAGGCGCAUGGAUGAUUCACAUUAUUCUCAUCCUCCUCCUCAAGAUUGUCUACGACAUCAUUCCAUCCAUCACACAAGAGACUUCAUGGACACUGGUCAACACGACGUACAUGUUCGGCUCCUACCUGAUGUUCCACUGGGUCCGGGGCAUCCCGUUCGAAUUCAACGCCGGGGCUUACGACAACCUCAACAUGUGGGAGCAAAUCGACAAUGAAGAUCAAUAUACGCCGGCCAAGAAAUUCCUUCUGGCAGUGCCGAUAUGUCUAUUCCUGGUUAGCACACAUUACACACAUUACGACCUGGCGUACUUCAUGAUCAACUUCUUGGCGACACUCGCUGUUGUUGUGCCCAAGUUACCAGCGGUGAGCUUUGAAGCAUGACCCAUGAGCUGAACAACUGCUGACUCCGUAUAGCUACACCGCAUGCGAUUUGCUUUUCUCAAUCCCGAACCGGAGCUACCGGACAGGUAG